UCCGCAUGCGCGUCGAGUGGUUCGUUCAAAAUGGCGGCAGUUGAAUAAAAAUAAAAUUUGUGAAUUGUUUUGAAUCCUGUGGGUUGUAGAAAUGUAUAAAAUUUUGCGCGUUAACGUUUCGGAUUUACCCGUACUCUGCCGGUGCUAUGGAACUCAAAGGAAACAGCCAAAUCAUUACGAAACACUGUGCAUUGAAAAGGACUCGACGCAAAAGGAAAUUCGGGAUGCAUUCAUCAAACUGUCAAAAAAACUUCAUCCGGAUAUGGGAAUGGAAGGCAAUCACGCGAAAUUCGUGAAAGUCAACGAAGCUUAUAAAAUUUUGAGCAAGGAACUUAGCAGGAGGCAAUAUGACAUGGAAUUGAAGUAUCGUCACGGGGCUGCUCAUUACUACGAACCACAUUAUCGACCCGGAUCACAUCAUCAACGGGCGCAGAAUUACUAUUAUUACGACGAUCCGAGGCAGUGGGCAUCUUCGCAGAGCAAGGAAGACUUCGAGAACAACUAUUACGGAAUAAAGGGAGUGAAACGCGUGUCGAAUACAACGAUAGCAAUGAUGUGUGUUCUAGUGUUUGUCAUGGGUUCAAUCGUACAAGGAAUGGCUAUAAAAUAUUCUUUCGUAAGAAAUCAGCAGUACUUACAAAAACGACAUCUCAAGGCGGAAGAGCACCAUAAAGAAGUCCGUGCAAAUGCAAUAAACAAGACACGAAAGGAGCAACUAACAAAUUUAGAACAAAGGUACGUCGAUGCCGAAAACGAGAGGAUAGACUACUAAAGGUAGGACGCCAAUUAUUAACUCUCCGAUAAUUAAGUCGGGUUCGAUGUGGUCAGAAAACUUGCAGAGUUCUGACGUACCGACAACCUAGUUUGCUGGGGAUUUCAACGCAUGUAUAGGCUAUUUUAAACGUUGAAUUUCCUAAUUCAGAGAAGUUGACCAUCUGAAAAACUCUGGGUAGCAAAAUACGAUAAUAAUAAUAAAUUUUCUUAUUAAUUUAUUUCGUUCGCGAGAUUCUUACAUCCGAUAAACAUUUAAAUAUAAUUUCACGUAAUUGUACUCAGUCCCGCUGUAUAUAUGGAAGAAGAAAAAAGAUUUAAAAAAAAAAAAAAAAAUGAAAAAAAAACAAAAAUAAAUAAA